UGUUCCUCAAAAGAAAUCAAUGUUCAGGCAUUCAGGCCAUCACUAAUAAGCGAGGGUUGAAUUUCACACAAACCCUUUAGCGCCUCAAGAAUAUUCCAGUGGAAACUCUAUCAACUUGAGAAAAUUCACCGACGUCGACAACUUGUAAAUUUAACCACCACCGCCAACUCCACAAAUCAGCCAUCGCAAUCAUGUCUGAAGGAGAAAUCGAAGUCGAGGCCGUUUCCGGCUACCAAGUGCUCCCAAAGGAGGUCACUGAGGAGAUUGGAAGCAUCAAGCUUUUCAACAAAUGGAGCUACGAGGAUGUUGAGAUUCGCGACAUCUCUUUGACCGAUUACAUUCAAAUCAGAGCCCCAGUCUACAUCUCCCACUCCGCCGGUCGUUAUGCGCAAAAGAGAUUCAGAAAGGCCAACUGCCCAAUCAUUGAGCGUCUUACCAACUCCUUGAUGAUGAACGGUCGCAACAACGGAAAGAAGCUCAUGGCUGUCCGCAUUGUUGCCCACGCCUUCGAGAUCAUCCACAUCAUGACCGACCAAAACCCAAUCCAAGUUGCCGUUGAUGCUAUCGUCAACUGCGGUCCUCGCGAAGAUUCCACCCGUAUCGGAUCCGCCGGUACCGUCCGUCGUCAAGCCGUCGAUGUCUCCCCUCUCCGCCGUGUCAACCAAGCCAUUGCUCUCCUUACCAUCGGUGCCCGUGAAGCUUCAUUCAGAAACGUCAAGUCCAUUGCUGAGUGCUUGGCUGAAGAAUUGAUCAACGCUGCUAAGGGAAGCAGCAACUCCUACGCCAUCAAGAAGAAGGAUGAGUUGGAGCGUGUCGCCAAGAGCAAUCGUUAAAUGGUUAUAUUCGGGGAUUUUCUGUGGGGUGUUUCAAUUUGCAUUAUGGAUGGAUGGGCGAUUGGCUGCAUUUCUGUCACAUAAACGACUUUUAUGAAUGCAAAAAGUCAUGACACAACCGGAAUAAUGGAUAUAUGCAUUCAGUGAUUUUGUGCCAUCGGUUUAAGUGCACAAAUUUGUAUGGAACCAUGAGCCUAGGAUGGCUGUAAGGGCUGAUCAUAUGCCAUCUGGUGAUUCAACAGAAUUUUGAUACCUCCAGAUACAAAAGCAAAUUUGAUGAACAAAUCCCGCACAUUCCAAAGCUUCACAUGUGACAUGUACGAUGAUUGACUGAUGUUGCUAAUAAAUUCACAGCCAGGCCGCUUCAGCUUUAUAUGUCGAAUUAUGCUUUCACGAAUCUUCCACCUGCAUUCCCCGCUUGUAUGAGGUUUCUAUGGAGUUGACUCCAAAGGUUUGUGUCUGAGUUCCUUUCAAGAUUUGCCAGUGAAUGUGAAACUGGAUGAUACUGGCUGUUCUUUCUGCUGUGUUUGGCGCGUAUGGUAGUUUCAACCUAGAGUUGCAGUGUUCUCUAGAGCCAAAGCACCCUCACAGUGGGAAUAUAGUAGUCUCGCUGCAUCGGGACCAAUACCGUCCAACUUGCGAUUCCGAUUUCUUGAUAAUCGAUGGCUGAUUAGUUUCUGCGUAAAAUUCCGUCAUCUUGCGCGUUUCGAUCGACAGGGAGGGAUCUUGGAUAGUUGGGGAAGAUUGGUACACUGUUGGUAUGAGGUAUAAGGUAUGAGAAUGGGGGAUAUAAGGAGGUAGGCACUUUUAUUGAAGUGGGCGAUUGAAGUUUGUACUGACGGGACUCGAAUGAACGCAAAUGAACGUACAAUGCACCCACAACGAAGAAUCCCCUUGU